AGUUGUUUCUUUUCUCACGGGGCACUGAAAGAAACGGGUUUCGGAUAUACCUUCGUUAGGGUUUAGGGUUUUCCCAGUGUGUCGAACGGAGAGAGAGAGAGAGAGAGAGAGAGAGAGAGAUGAGGGGGUUACAGGUAUCGUUGAAUCAAACGCAGAAGAUAAGACUUCAGAGAGCUCUGGAAAAGCUCGAGUCUUUCUCCUCCAAGUCCAACCCUAAUGCCUCCGUCACCGUCGCCGAUACUAUCCCCGUCAACUACGAAGACGGCGUCCUCAAGGGACACGGAACCUCAGAACUUGACGGCGAAGUGGUUGCGACACUCUGUGGGGUGGUUGAACGUGUUAACAAGCUCGUCUACGUUCGCACUUUGAGGGCCAGGUACAAGCCCGAGAUCGGGGACAUCAUCGUAGGACGUGUUAUUGAGGUUGCUCCAAAGCGAUGGAGAUUGGAGAUAAAUUUUAGCCAAGAUGCAGUUCUAAUGCUUUCUUCAAUGAACUUACCUGAUGGCAUUCAGAGGCGGCGAACAGCAGUUGAUGAGCUCAACAUGCGCAGCAUUUUUGAAGAGAACGAUGUUGUUUGUGCCGAAGUUCGUGGUUUCCAGCAUGAUGGAAGCUUGCACCUGCAAGCAAGAAGCCAGAAGUAUGGAAAGCUUGAAAGAGGACAAUUACUUACAGUCUCUCCUUAUCUAGUCAAGAGGCGGAAACAACAUUUCCACCACAUAGAACAAUACGGUAUUGACCUGAUACUUGGCUGCAAUGGAUUCAUCUGGGUUGGGGAACAUGUUGAAGCUAGAGAUGAUAUGAUAGUAGAGGAUCAAGCUACUAAAUCUGAGCAACAGUAUGCCACAACCAGUAUGUAUCCAACGAGUCUCGAACAAGAAGAACGAACUUACACGCCGUUGGAGACUAGGCAAAAUAUAUGCAGGACUGCAAAUGCUGUUCGUGUCUUGUCUACUUUAGGCUUUAGUAUUAAUGUAGAAGUGAUCAUGGAGAUGGUUAAUUUGAGCAGCUCUUUAAAUCUAGAUAUACAUGAGAUGCUUGGGGCAGAAUUCUGUGUUCUGGUUGCCGAGGGAGAGGCUGAAAGGCGGAGCUUGAAGAAAAAGAAAGGGUGAUUCUUGUCUCUCAAGUCUAUUUUGUUUAUUGUUUGUUAGGCAACUUAGGGGUAGUGGGACUAUCAGGAUUUUGUUGUUGGAGUAGGAUAGCCACCAUGAGUACUGAGUAUUGUUGUUUGUCCGUCGUCGGCCAAUGUGAGACCAUUAUAGUUAUGUGUAGGCAAGGUUUUUGCCCUACUAUACAGAUUGCAGAACACUAAUGAAGCCAAUUGGAUAUAAGCUUUUAUCGAAA